CCGUGGGUUCAGUCGAUUGGCGAGGUUUGUUCAGAUCGGACGUAGAACUAUGGAGCGGGAAAACUACGAUGCGGAAUAUUUCGAGCGAGCUUUGGCGAGAGCAUACGGUUGCGAAAAGCUGCGUGUGGAAAACUUUCACAUCGAGGUGGUGAGCCAGAAGGGCGAGCACUUUUGCAGCGUCAUCUACCGGGUGGCGUUGGACUUCCGGAGGUCUCCCGGUGGUGAUCUUGAAUCAGGAAGAUAUGUUCUCAAAGAUCUGCUGCCCGUCGCCGCUGAGUUGGGAACAAAUGAAAAGGAUAUGUUCGAGCAGCUCCUGCCAGCGAUGUCGGCUAUCCUCGAAAACGCCCCAAAGGAGAUUGGCGAGCACAAACUGAGUGCAGAUUGCUUGCUAGCCGAGACCUCUACGGGAAAGGAGAUCUACAUUCUGGAGGAUCUGUGUGCCCUGGGAUACGGGUCUUUCGAUCGCUAUAAGGGCCUAAGCGUGGAUGAAGCCAAGAUUUGCUUGAGUAAAUUGGCUCAGUUCCACGGGGCUUCCAAGGUCUUAUUCCAGAAUCAACCCGAAUUGGUGGCUAAACUUUCACCUUCUCAUUAUGCCAAGGGACUAUCAGAUCCUUUCGCCAAGUCUCUCAUCCUAGAUGCUACCGAAUAUGCAGCAGAAGUUUUUGCCGAGGAACUGCCGGAAAUAUCUAAGAAAAUGAAGGCUCAAAUACCAGAAGCAUAUUCGCGGAGAAUGCAAAAUGUUGUCGAUCCCAAAAAGUCUUCUUUAAAUGCAGUUGUCCACGGAGAUCCCUGGUUAAAUAACAUCAUGUUUGAUUCAGCUAACAAAAAGGCAGUCCUUAUUGACUUUCAGAACUGUUAUUGGGGCAGCCCGGCCAUUGACCUUUAUUUCCUUUUUUUCACCAGCAUAAAGCAUGAAAUACUAGUGAACAAUAUGGAUAAUCUUGUGAAUCACUACUUCAACUGCCUCCAGGAGACAUUAAAACAUUGUGGAUUUAAAGGACCACAGCCCACGCUUGAUCAACUAAAGGAUGAGAUGCAUCGAUGUCUGCUGUACGGCUAUUAUGCAGUUACCUGCGAACUACCCAUUGCUUGUGCCUCCCCUGAGGCAAGUGCCGAUUUUGGGGUUCACACCUUUGGAGAUCGGGAUGCUAUGCUCAAGAAACGCCAGCAAUUAUUUACCAGCGAGCGAGUGCGACAGACAAUCAAGGCCUGGCUGCCGGUGUUUGAUCAGCAGGGUGUUCUAGAGACACCUUAAGAAAGGAACUAUUUUUUAACUUAUUCGUUUGUUAAAUGCUACUAUCUGUAGUCUUGAAGUCUGUAAUACCAGUAUUUUGUACAGAAUAAACUGUUUAACGUGUUGCA